GACUUGGACUUGCGAAUUUUGGAACGUGUGGCCGACUUCUGCUUUGGGCAGGGGCAAGCAGUGGCUUUUCUAGUUGGUUGGCGAGUGCUUGCGCCAGAGCCCGACCCACAGAUUUCGUUCAUUGCCCGCAAGCGGCCGCUUCUAAAAUUCGAGCUGGCUGCCGGUGAAUGGGAUUGUGUUUCUGUUUCGAGGCGAGAUGCGCGAAUUGUUUGUCAUGAUGGCCGACUGCACAGAACGGGUCGGCGUUUGGAAGUGAUGCACAAGAAGUUCACACUGGAUCGCGUUUACGGAUCUGAUGUUUCAGAUGCCGAAUUCUACAGAGAUGCAGUACAACCUGUUGUGGCAUCCCUCAACGGCAAGCAGGCCACUAUCAUGUUCUAUGGCCAAACGGGUACCGGCAAGACCCAUACCUUCAAUGCAUGCUGGCAGCGGAUUGGGCACGACCUGGCUGGUCGUUCGAUAUCGGUCACGUUCUUUGAGAUUCUCGGGAAGAAAUGUUUCGAUUUACUUCAGCAUCGAAAAGAGGUUGUUUUGCGAGCAGACGGUGAAGAAAGGGUUCACGUCAGGGGCGCCACAAAAUUAACGGCCGCUGCAUCAGAGCUUUCCGAGCUGCUGGAGGAGGCGCUGCAGUUGCGGCGAUCUGAGGCGACGGAAAGAAACCCGCUAUCUUCCCGUAGCCAUGCGAUUUGCAUCCUCGAGAUUGAUGGUCUUGGGACAAUCCGAUUUGUGGACUUGGCUGGCUCGGAGCGCAACUAUGAAACACGCCACAUGACCGCCCUGCAACACCGGGACUUUGCAGAAAUCAACAAGUCGUUGAUGGCGCUGAAGGAUUGCUUCCGAGCCCAUGCACGCAUUGUGCGGCAACGUGCUGCUCGACCAGCAUACCGCGCCAGUCGACUCACUCAGGUGCUGCGGUCGUGCUUUACAGAUCCACAGCAUAGGACGAUCAUCUUGUCAACCGUUUCUCCUACUGCAACUGAUCUGUUGCACUCGACAAACUCUCUCCUGCAAGUGACGCAGAUGUCCACAGUCCUGUCGACUUUGCGCGCCGAGUGUUCCAUUGAUUUGCCUUUGAUCGACUUUACCGUGUCGAAACCAAUCUGGGACUGGUCAAUGGAGGAUGUUGACAGGUGGAUCCGAACAGUGGAUGACGGCCGCUUCAAGUAUUUGGUUCUGCCGCCGCAGAUCACGGGCGCAGAGCUCUUGAAGUUGUCGUCAAAGGGUCUAGCAGAGCUCUUUGAAAUGAGCCUUCGCCGAGCCAGAGGCAGAGGUGAGGGGCAGGCAUGGAACGAGACAGCAGCCAGGGCGGUCGGCUUCCGUAUUGGCCGGAUGGUUUUCGCUGCUGUGCGCCGAGAGGCCUUGCGCUGGCCAGAUGGCGCUGCCAGGCUGCUUGAGGCCGAAAGAAUGGAGGCGGCAGAACGAGGACUCCUGGAAGAAGGCUUUGACUUACCACCAGAAUCCGAACGGCACUGUGAGUUCUUCUUCUGGGGUGACUCGCCCCCGCUUCUGCCGCCAGCGAUGGGGGAUGAGACCUUUGUGCAGAUGCAGCGAGAUUGA